AGAAUGAAUGUUCUGGCACGACCGUGAAGGUCUCUCCUCUUCUCUCUAUGAGCACGUGAAAGAAAAAUCUGUAAAGUGGAGUUGCGCCGCCAAGUAGUUUGGAAGUGCGUGUGGGAUCCGUCGAGCACGGCAGCAAUUUUGAACUUCUUCUUCAGUCUCCAGUACGGAACCUUCGGUGACACACAGCAAAUUUUUGCACCUCCACCAUCUUCCUGUGUGCAGUGAGUGAGAGAUUAAUAUAUAAAUCGCAAAAGAAAAGUUUGCAGAAAAAGAUAAAAAAAAAACGAAACACUAAAAUUGUGCAAAGUGUGGAACGAUUGAGGAGCGAGACAAUUUUCUUGGCGCGAUUUUUAUCUGCUGCAGUGCUUGCCGCAUAUUGUUUUUGCUUUCCACAAUUUUCGACAAAAUAAAAUUAAGUAAUGCAGAGAUGCUGUGAAACGUGAAUCUGCUGCCUUUUCGGAAGAGACAGAAUCAGAAAAAAUGAAAAAAAAGUCUUGAUCUUGAUAGAAAUGGAUGAUAACUUCAUAAAAAAAAAUUGGCUGGAUUUUUUUUCUGUGAAAGAACGUUCUCAAGACUCUUGUGAGACAACUACAACAGAGAGAACGUGAGAAAUUGUUAUCGGGUGAGAAGAUUAGAAGAUGAUAAAAAUGUCUAAAAUACGUACAAUUGACAACACAAUCAGAGGUAUUUUAUUGCCAUUGAGGGAGAUUAGUAAAUGAAAAAAAAUACCUUUUUGCUUCAACAAGGUAGUUAUCGCGUCAGUGCUUCAAUCUUAAGCGUGGCGCACAGUUUGCAAAUUGCUUAAAAACACCUAAUUCUCAUACACAACAUAUAAUAAAAGCUAUCCCUCACACUGACAGACAAACCUUCCUUGAUUAUUAUUGUGUAUUCUUCCACAUAAGCGGAACUCUUCCUGCCAAUUCGUGGGAUGUCCACUGAGACAGAUCGUGAACCUGGAACAUCCACCACACAGCAACAGGCACCACGGUAUUACCUCAAGAGUGCCGCCACAAAUGGUCGUGGGGGACUCAAUGUCUACGUCAGCAAUAGACGGAGUAGCUUCUGUGAGCAAAUGCAGCGCGACGGACAGAAUUCCUUCAGUUUCCGGGAUUUCCUAAAAUCCAAACUCUUCGUGAGCAUCCUCAUUGUUGGUGCUGUGUUCAUCACACUCAUCUGCAUUGGGUUCGUAGUGAUGUACGAGCGAGACGGCAGUGUUACACAAACCAUCGAUGUGUGGCGAGACAAAUUAACUUCAGAGCAAUUAGUGUGGUUUGAAUCAGGUCUCGAUGAACUGAAGAAAGCUUUAGCUGUGCAAAUAAAUACAAAGCGUGCAAAGAAUGUGAUCCUCUUCGUGGGAGACGGAAUGGGACCGGUAUCUGUGACAGCUGGUCGAAUAUUCAAGCAUGGCGAAGGUGGUAAACUAUCCUGGGAAGAUUUUCCACACAUGGGUUUGCUAAAGACUUAUUCAAUGGAUAAGCAAGUUCCUGACAGUGCCUCCACAGCCACAGCCCUAUUCGGCGGGGUAAAAGCGAAUUACCAUACAAAUGGUGUGGAUUCGGGUGUUCUCAAGGAAGAUUGUCAAGCAUCACAAAAUAAAUCUCAUCACGUUGAAUCCAUUCUGUAUUGGGCACAGAAGGCAGGAAAGGGAACGGGAUUUGUAACAACAACACGCGUCACACAUGCCACACCUGCGAGCUUAUUCGCUAAUGUGCCUGAUCGUGCGUGGGAGUGCGAAGCAAAGAUGCCGCUAGAUGCAAAAAAUCAGGGAUGCAUUGAUAUUGCACGGCAGUUGAUUGAAAAGGAGCCUGGAAGUAAAUUUAAUGUGAUUAUGGGUGGUGGGAGGCAGUGCCUUGUGUCUGGUGUUGAGGAUUCGGAGAAUGAUCCCCUGGAUACGUGGUCGUGCAUCUCAGAGGAUGGCAGGGAUCUCAUAGAGAAGUGGAGUACGGAUAAGAUGGAGAAAGAGCAGACAUUUGCGGUCGUGCAGAAUAAUUCUGAUCUUGAAAAUCUCGAUGUGUCCAGUGAAUUUGUUUUGGGUGUAUUUGCCAACGGGCAUUUAGCUUAUGACCAUGAAAGGGACAAAGGUGCAUCUGGAAUGCCAUCGCUGGAAGAGAUGACUACUGCUGCCCUCAGAGUGCUGCGAAAGCAUCAAAAGGGAUUUUUUUUAGUCGUCGAAGGUGGGAUGAUUGAUCAAGCGCAUCACAGAGGAUGGGCAAAGACUGCACUCUCGGAAUUGGCUGCAAUGGAUGAUGCUGUGGCAGCCACACUAAAAAUCAUGGCUCGCGAACUCGAUGAGACACUCAUUAUUGUAACAAGUGACCAUGCACAUACUCUCUCAAUGAAUGGAUACCCCGAUAAGGGGAAUAGCAUAUUCGGUGUUGCUCAAAAUUCCAGAAUUGAUAACAUUCCCUACACAACGCUUACCUACGGCACAGGUGGUCCUGGUGGCUACCAAGUGGAGGUGGAUGGAGAUGGAAAGGUGCAUCGGAGGGAUCCCACUCUCGAUGAUACAGAGGAUUACAAGUACAUUCAACAAGUGGCUGUACUCACUGAUGAGAAUAUUCACGGAGGAGUUGAUGUUGCCGUCCACGCCAUGGGUCCCAUGGCACAUCUCUUUCACUGCGUUCACGAGAACUCCUACGUAGCUCACGUUAUUUCCUACGCUGCUCGCAUUGGGCGAUUCCGCGAUAGUUCAGCAGCAGGGGCAUUCUUUGACCUCCUUGGGCUAUCUUAAAAAAAAUAUCUCCAGAGAGGAUUACCUGAUUCUAAAUGACUUCUUCCCUUCAUUCUCAUAUGAAUGAAAAGUAAAAAAAAACUUUAAAACUCUUUAUGAUUCAUCUCCCCAUGAAUUUUGUAGAAAAA